CCGCUCUGCGGCAUGUGGGAUCCUCCCGGACCGGGGCACGAACCCGUGUCCCCUGCAUCGGCAGGCGGACUCUCAACCACUGCGCCACCAGGAAAGCCCCUAGCCAGUUCUUUUUGUUGGACAUAAAUGUAUUUCUAGUUUUGCUCUUAUACGAAAUGCUAUAAGGAAUAUGUUUGUAGCUAAAUAUUUGUACCUCUCCUUGACUUUUCCCCUGUGGGAUUAAAUUAUUAGAGUAGAAUGGCUGGCUUGAACACUUAUACAUUUUUAGAGCUUUUCCUACAUAUCGCCAAAUUUGCCUUCCAGAGAGGUCUACCACUUUAUAACUUAUUCAUGUGUCUAAUUCUUCAUUCCCUUGCCAGCACUGAGCAACUGUUUUUAUCUUUCUGGCCUGGUAUCUGAAUGGGUAACACAAGGAUUUCAGGAGAAGUCUAACUCACUUACAUCCCGAAAUUGUCCGCAUCCACGAGUGUGAGCAGGCCCCGCCCCAGCCCGAUGCCUUGUCAGGGGCGAGGGGAGUGAAGCGAUGUGCUGAAUGUCUGUCCCCAGCUACGCUUAGAAGGCUGUUUAAAAGAAACGUCACACGUGUUCGUGUCGAGCCCCACUCACCCUCUUUAUGAACUCUGUGCUUGGUUAAUGCUAUUUUGACUUCUGUUCCUUCCUCUUUACUAAUGCCUCACAACUUGGUGUCAUCUGUGAUCUUAAUUCGGAAGUUCUCAGUUACAUCACUGGGGUAAAGAUAGAGAUGCUCAGCGUGAGCUCCAGCUCUGACAUGUGUGAGAUCACGCAGGAUGCUUCCAGGUUGAGGCUGAGUCAUCGAUAAGCCACUUCUUGGGUGAUAUUAUUCAGCUCUUAAGAAAGAAAAGAGUCUUCUUUCUUUCUACCUCAUUGAUGAAAAGUCAUUGGCAAUGGAAUCUAAGGUCAUACUUCAGCACAGAGCGAUUACAUCUCCUGCUCAUUCCUUAUCUAUAUGGCCUACCUAUCAUGGAAGAAAAUUAAAUUGGCCUGCCGAGCUUUGAUCUUCACAUACCAUCGAGUUGGAAAAUAUGUUGUAACGGGUUGUCGUACCACAAGGCAGCAUGUGACCUGCAACGAAGAGGGAGUCAGAAACCUGUCCGGGCCGGUUUCAGAUUUCACGCAGGAAGCUCCCGAGGCUGUGAACUUACACUGCUGUCUACACAGCCAGAAGACUCCUUUCUCACACCUGGAGGCUGAACUAGAAGAUUUCUGCUGGAGUGUUCUUGGUCCCACUUCUGGGCUUCAGGCUGCCUUGCGUCCCUUCCAGGGAAUUCCAGGGGGAAAAUGGUGGAUCCGCAGACAAGCUGAUGAAAAGAUUGCUGAGACCGGACAUCUGUGGAACACCCUCCCAGUUAUAAAGCACGUUCAACAUACCACCAGCUUUGUCCUCAGAAGGACCCUGUGAGGCAGCCCAGGAAGACCUGCAAUGUUUCAUGGCUGGGGUUGCUUGCCACAAGACUGCCUUCUAAGAAUAGAAAACCUGAUCACAAGCUGCUUUUCCUCUGCGACACGCCACCUACAUCGUAACAUGCUUCAGUGGCUGAAUCAGAAGGUGACGUGCUUUUCAAUUCGCUAGAAUAUAUUCUGCUUGUCACAAACGAAGUAACUCUUGCCAACAUUUUCGAGUAAUGCACAUUUGGUUAUGUGUCCUUCUACUAAAUAUAAGGUCCUCCAAUAGUUAGGGGAAAGAAGCACUGCGAAUGUAUUAGCACCUUGCAGAGUAUUCACGAUGACUUACUGCAGUGCUCAAAGAAAUCCCGUGACUCCAGCUGUCACAGGGGACUAUGGGUUCAUUCAUUGAGUUAUGUACCCACAACACUCCAGAGUGCUACAAAUCCACUUAACGACCUUGAAUCCUGAGUUUUCUGUUCAUAUUUCUAAAUCAGCAUAAAGAAAUACAGAAUCACAAGCAAGGAGAAUCCCCACAGGCUGCUGCCAAGAGGUUUUCUGUUUAUUUUGGCACACAUAGGAAAUAUUCUGAAUCCCUAAAAUGGGGAGCAGUUCUUUUCAUUAGGAAUAUGUGACUAAGUGAGGCUGGUCUUUAAAGAAAGUCUCACUUCUAACGGAAGCAUUGAAGCAGAAGUACAGUUCGUGAAUAAAACAGAGCAAAGCCUCAUUUUGGCUGGAUAAGACAGAAACACAGGUACCAGUUUCUUCAUUUCCUUCUAUUAUCUCCUCCAUUACCUUUAAGAAAAGACAGCAUCAGAGAGACAAAAUUGCUGCCCUGAAAAUCUUUUUAAUCCUCCCCUUGCAUUCACGUUAUGAGGCCCCUGGUACCACUUCCUGGCUUUCUGCAUCAUUAGCUAUUUGCUCCCACUUGCCAAUGAGGAAUACAAGGGUAGCAAGUGAAAAAGCUGAGUGUCCACAUUCUGAGAGAGGUCAGAUUCCAGACGAAGCUUGGGGUUCAGGCCAAGCUCUGGGAGAACACUGCAGGCUCAUUGGCAGUGAGGCUCAGGGGCCAGAGUAGGCCUGGGGUCCAACAGAGACAGCUUCUGUGGAGGAGCUGGGUCUUCGCUUUUUGCAGACCUGAAAUGCACAGCACCUCUACCUGUCAGGACGGGUCCCUCGACAUGCAGGACACCUGCUUGUUUAUUUAAGAACCCCGACUCCUCUAAGGUAGUGUUCUUGGCUCUUUUCCACCGACAUUCACAGGAAGAAAUAUGUUUUACUUCACGAUCCAUAUUGGUCAGGGUCCACCAGUUCAGGAUGUAUUAAGAAGCUGCAAGUGUCCUGUAUAGUACUAGAAGGGGGAGGACCACCAGAGAGGAGGCUGCCCUAAGGAGAAAAGCUAAGGAACCACCAAUCAAAAAUAUGUGUGUCCUUUUUACAGAAAAGGUAUUAUAAAGAUGUUUUGGGGAAUAUCCGGAAAUGCACAUCAGAGGAGCUUGAAAGCUAGUGAGGAGAAAAGACAAAAGCCAACGAGUCAUCAGUACGUGAUCUGUCACGAGGCAGUAUGGUUAGUUGUCCGGGGGGUGACACAGGUGGGAAAUACUGUGAGUACAGGGCAGGAGAGUAGGAUUGUGAGCAGGAACGAUCUGGAAAGGUUCCAUGUAAAGGCCUGAGUUAGUUUUGAUGGAACAGGUAGAAUUUAGUGGAGGGGGGAGCAUUCCAGGUGAAGAGGACAGUAGAACAGUAGAACAAGCCCCUGCAUGCUUGCUGCAGCGCUGGGACCUGGGGGCCAAAACCAGUGAGGGAAAUCUAAGUGUUGCCCGGGGCCGAGACGAAGCCUUGUACAUGGACAGGCUCUAUGGACUGAACGCUGGGAACCAUUCCCACGUUUAAGGAGCAGGUAGGAGAGCUGGUGAAGAACGCAGUGAUGAUGCUUUGAAGAGAACCAAGGUCACGGGGCACAAAGGAGGGAGGUCGGUAAAGUCAAAGGCUACCAAGGCCAGGGGACUGAGGACUGAGGGAAAACUUCUGGCUUUGAACCAGAAGCGCCGAGUCUCUCUCUCUCUUUUUUUUUUUUGGCUGUCUUGUGGCUUGUGGGAUCUUAGUUCCCUGACCAGGGAUAGAACCCGGGCCACAGCAGUGAAAGCGAUGAGUCCUCACCACUGGACCGCCAGGGAAUUCCUGCAAAGUCUCUUUAAUGAGGGCGGUGGCUCUCCACCAUAUUGUCUAUCUCGGGAGAUUAAUCUGUUAUUACUUUCAGCCCCAUCUUUUGAAUUUGCACAGUGUGUUUAACUAUCACUUCAACUGGUAGAAAGUAUCCAGUGAAAACACCCAACUAAAGUUUACAGGCAGUCCCCGUAGUUUCCCAGCCGUCCAGAGCCACGCUGUUUUUUAAGGCUGUGCUUCAGUGGCUCGUGGUCUUCCUGUGCAUGACUGCCCUCCUUCAGCUUCCUGCAAAGCAGCUGUUUCCUUUCGCUGCUGUCAUCCACUCUCCUCAAGGGGCUUGUCCUGCUGCAUGGAGGCUCUGGGAUCCCAACUUCAGAAAACAAGGAGGGUUAUGCGUUGGGGCCUUGCGUUUGGAGACCUCUUCAUGGUUGUAGGCUGCACUGCGACCCCAGCCAGCUGCUUUGCAAGUGCAAGUGACUGUGAACACAGGAAACCAGGUGAAGGACCGAUGGAUCAGGUGAACCUGUCACCCUGACUAAACGUGUUCAGCUGGGAGCCGAUCAGUAUCGUCUUCCCCAGGAGUAAAGGAAAAUCUAUUUAUAGCCUUAAAAUAUAUGCACAGUUGUGACCAAAUUGCUAGAGGUGACAGGUCCGGGUGUUGCUUCUGUGAUUGCUUCAUACUCAGGUUUUGUUCUGGAUUUUCUUGUUUGAAUGCUGUCAUUUCUUCUGCACAAUAUAAGCUGUGACCACGAAGACUUUGGUUUCUUUUCUUUCUCUUGGACAUCAGAUUCUAGCUACUAUCAACUGCUUCCUAGCUUAUACUAAAUAGUUCUCAUAAUUGAAUCCACUCUGUAGGUAGCCUAAACACAUCAUGUGCGUAAGCUGCUUACUUAUUGAGUAACUAUAAUGUGGGCUGAAUCAAAUAGAAUAUGCAGAAAUAUUCUGGGGUGAAGACAAUUAUUUUAAUAGCUGGCAUUACAGUUUCUCUUGGCAAGGCAUUUUUUUGUGUGUAGGAAAAUACUUUGAUAAACAGUUUAGGAAUGGAAGGUGACCCUAAGUAUAGAUUCGGAGACAGAGAUAAGUAAAAGUACUAUAUAAGGAGAGAAAAUAGGAGGGGAGGGAUGGGACCACAGAGAUGAUGGAGUGUGGGAAGCUGCGGUUCAUACUAAAAGAGGAUGGGGGUCGGUGGAUACCAAGGCCGCUGGGAUACUGAAGGACUUUUAAGAGCAGGGAAUUAUAAUUUUAGGUUAUUUGCAUCUUUCAUUCAGAACGCUUUGGUUGCUACAAACCUUCAGAAGAGUCUGCUAUACGAACAACCAAAAAGAGUCUGCUUUCCACAUUGUGUGUCAGCAGGAGAAAAAAGCGUUGCAGGAGGUGAGAUGUGAGGCAGUCUAACUAUUUAGAGAAAAGAAGAGCUCAGAGCCAGAAGUGACCCUGAAAUGGUAAGCCCCCAAGGCAUAUGCAGUCUUGGAGAGAACACUGGCCUUCCACAAAAUCUCUAUGGACAAGGUGACCCCGACUGAAAACUGAUGACACACAGCAGCUUGCUAUUUUCAAUCAUAAAUUCUCAAGAGGCUUUUAUUACUAGAAAAUGACAGGGUCAGUAAUGCCUCCUUCCUCCUCCAUUUACUUCAAUCUAUAUGCCUCAUUUUCCUCACCUGCACACUCUGGAGACUGGACCUAGAAUAUGUCUGUGGUCUCUAUUAGAGUCUACAGCUCUAAUAAUAAUAGCUGCUAUUUUAAUGUUCUUUUUUUUGAGGUAAAUUUACCUACAGUGAAAUGUACAAAUCUCAAGUGUAGCACUUCAUGAGUUUUGACAAAUGCAUAUACCCUUGGAACCCAAAUCUAAGCAAGAUAUAGAGCUUUUCUAUCACUACAGAAAAAUUCCCUCUUCAGUCAAACCACACCCUCACCUCCAGGCGCCCACCCUUCUGGCUCUUAUCACGAUGGAUCAAAGAACUAAUAUUUAAAAGUUACUGUUGAAUGCCAGGCUUUGUUUUAGAAUGCUUCAUCAGCAUCAGUGCUUUUAUUUCUCACGAGCACUGUGAAAUGGCUCUUACCUCCAUUUUGCAGAUUAAAACGUUGAGCAUCAGACCAAUUAAGUUGCCCCUGGUUAUCAGCCACCCAGUGUAGCAGCAGGGCGUGAACGAAGAAGUGGGUUUUAGACUCACGGCAUCUCUGAGACGGGUCAUGGCCAGCCCACAUACGAUUAUUUAAGAAAUAUUAUAGAUCAAUGUUCACGUGAAAUCAAUGCCAUUUACAAAUUCUCAAGCCUCCCGAAUAAUCCUAAAGGCCGCAUGCAUUACACUUUACUAAAUGAUUCGUUUCUAUCCUACACAGAAAAUGGCAGAAAGGAGGUGUGAGCGGUUGCAAAUUCGGUUUUACUGGUGAAAAAACUCAAAAGAGGUGACUUAGGUUCCAAACAUGCCUCGAGGCAGGGCCCGCGGGGAUGCCAGGAUAGGCGGCGAGGGAAGGGCUGGACCAGCGACCUUUAAAGAGCCUGGCGCCGCUCCUUCCUCUGACGCCACAGGCAUCGUCUCAGAAUAGAGCAGGCUCGACGCGCUCACCGAGAGAACGGACACGCGUCCUGCCACGGGGAUUGGACGCUGCCGCGCAGGGCUCAUCGGCAGCACCGGAGUUCAAUUCGUCACCCGUCCCCCUCAAUGCCACCGUCUCCCUCCGCUCCUAGGCGCACCCUAGUGCCUCCCUGCCCCGGCACCUGGGUGGGUUCCCAGGCUCCUCCCCAGAGCUGACUUCGAGCCCCACGCCCUACAGGCCCACGGCUGCCAUGGCAACCGUACGCCGCCGCCGCCGCCUCUACACGCACGUCGCGAACUAACGGACUCCGCGGCGGCGGCGGCCUAUGCCCCACCCCCACCCCACCUGGACCGCAGCAAAACGGUCGGUCGACCUCCGGCACCUAGGUCUCUGAAAGAUGAAUUUGGCUGAGAUUUGUGACAAUGCAAAGAAAGGAAGAGAAUAUGCACUUCUUGGAAAUUAUGACUCAUCAAUGGUAUAUUACCAGGGGGUGAUACAGCAGAUUCAGAGACAUUGCCAGUCAGUCAGAGACCCAGCUGUCAAAGGCAAAUGGCAGCAGGUUCGGCAGGAAUUAUUGGAAGAAUAUGAACAAGUUAAAAGUAUCGUCAGCACUUUGGAAAGUUUUAAAAUCGACAAGCCCCCAGAUUUCCCUGUGUCCUGUCAAGAUGAACCAUUUAGAGAUCCUGCUGUUUGGCCGCCCCCUGUGCCUGCAGAACACAGAGCUCCACCUCAGAUAAGGCGUCCCAAUCGAGAAGUAAGACCUCUGAGGAAAGAAAUGCCAGGAGGAGGAGCCCGGGGACCUGUAGGCCGAGCACAUCCUAUAUCAAAGAGUGAAAAACCCUCUACAAGUAGGGACAAGGAUUGUAGAGCAAGAGGGAGAGAUGACAAGGGGAGGAAAAAUAUGCAAGACGGUGCAAGUGAUGGUGAGAUUCCAAGAUUUGAUGGUGCUGCAUAUGAUAAGGAUCUGGUGGAAGCCCUUGAGAGAGACAUUGUCUCUAGGAAUCCUAGCAUUCAUUGGGAUGACAUAGCAGAUCUGGAAGAAGCUAAGAAGUUGCUAAGGGAGGCUGUUGUUCUUCCCAUGUGGAUGCCUGACUUUUUCAAAGGGAUUAGAAGGCCAUGGAAGGGCGUGCUGAUGGCCGGGCCCCCAGGCACUGGUAAGACCAUGCUGGCUAAAGCUGUCGCCACUGAGUGUGGCACAACAUUCUUCAACGUCUCGUCUUCCACGCUGACGUCGAAAUACAGAGGGGAAUCUGAGAAGUUAGUUCGUCUGUUGUUUGAAAUGGCUAGGUUUUAUGCCCCCACCACCAUCUUCAUUGAUGAGAUAGAUUCUAUCUGCAGUCGAAGAGGAACCUCUGAUGAGCAUGAGGCAAGUCGCAGGGUCAAGUCUGAGCUACUCAUUCAGAUGGAUGGAGUUGGAGGAACUUUAGAGAAUGACGAUCCUUCCAAAAUGGUUAUGGUAUUGGCUGCUACUAAUUUCCCAUGGGACAUUGAUGAAGCAUUGCGAAGGAGAUUAGAAAAAAGGAUAUAUAUACCUCUCCCAACAGCAAAAGGAAGAACUGAGCUUCUGAAAAUCAAUCUUCGUGAGGUUGAAUUGGAUCCUGAUAUUCAACUGGAAGAUAUAGCAGAGAAGAUUGAGGGCUAUUCUGGUGCUGAUAUAACUAAUGUUUGCAGGGAUGCCUCUUUAAUGGCAAUGAGACGACGAAUCAAUGGCCUAAGUCCAGAAGAGAUCCGUGCACUUUCUAAAGAGGAACUUCAGAUGCCUGUUACCAAAGGAGACUUUGAAUUGGCUCUUAAGAAAAUUGCUAAGUCUGUGUCUGCUGCAGACUUGGAGAAAUACGAAAAGUGGAUGGUUGAAUUUGGAUCUGCUUGAAUUUCUGUCAGCUCUUUCAUUUCUGGUUUUUUGGCUCCGGACAACUCUUUAACUUUAGGAAUAUUUCUCAAUUUCCAGAUGACUUGUUAAUAAAAACAGGAAAAAUAUUAAG